GAAAUGAUCAGCUGAUCCCGGUUUUCAAUGCUUUUGUUUUGAUUAUUCGGUGGAAGUGGUUAGGUUAGAGAUUUUCCGCUGCUUAUUCUUGUGGCUUUUUCCAUUUCUUUCAAGCCAAAAGUUGUGAUAGUUGGGGUUACAUAUAUUCAAUCAAAAUUUGCGAGUUCCAUUCAAAAAUGACUCUAGAAACCAUUCCCAAAGACCUUAGAGGACUGAGGGCUUGCCUAGUAUGUUCUCUGAUAAAGUCUUUUGAACAGUUCGAAUACGAAGGAUGCGACAAUUGUGAUGAAUUUCUCAGGAUGAAAAAUAAUCGGGAUCACGUUUAUGACUGCACGAGUUCGAACUUUGAUGGGUAAUAAGUUGUUUGGGUUAGAUGAUUUGGUUUUUGUAGUGUCG